GUGGUCAUGCACGCGGUCGUCGGCAACGUCGUCGAGCCCAUCCUCUUCGGCCACUCCAUGAAGCUCCACCCCGUCGUCGUGCUCCUGAGCCUCAUGAUCUGGGGCUUCCUCUGGGGCAUCCCGGGCUGCGUGCUCGCGGUGCCCAUCACGGCGAUCCUCCGC